AUGGCGCUGAAGACGCCUACGCCGGGCGUCGGCGAGCGCGAGACAUGGGGCAAGAAGGUGGACUUCCUGCUGUCCGUCAUCGGGUUCGCCGUCGACCUCGCCAACGUGUGGCGCUUCCCUUACCUCUGCUACAAGAAUGGCGGCGGCGCUUUUCUGGUGCCGUACUGCAUCAUGCUGGUGGUGGGCGGUAUCCCGCUGUUCUACAUGGAGCUGGCGCUGGGCCAGUUCCAUCGGAAGGGCGCCAUCACCUGCUGGGGGAGACUGGUACCACUUUUUAAAGGUAUCGGGUAUGCGGUGGUUCUGAUAGCAUUUUACGUGGACUUCUACUACAAUGUCAUCAUCGCGUGGGCGUUGCGCUUCUUCUUCGCUUCCUUUACCACCAUGCUUCCCUGGACCAACUGUGACAACGAGUGGAAUACACCAGCUUGCCGACCGUUUGAAGCAAUCUGGGAAGCUUCAAACAGAACUCGGCUCCGUAAUAACAGCUCAUCAGGAUCCCUAGCACCACCCCCAACAACUCCAUUUACGUCAGCUGCUUCUGAGUAUUUCAAUCGAGCCAUUCUGGAACUGCAAGGAAGUGAAGGACUCCACGACCUAGGCGCAAUAAAAUGGGACAUGGCUCUCUGCUUGCUGGCAGUCUAUAUCAUCUGCUACUUCUCUCUUUGGAAGGGCAUCAGCACUUCUGGGAAAGUGGUUUGGUUUACAGCUCUUUUUCCUUACGCAGUACUUUUAAUUCUCUUGGUCCGAGGCAUAACCCUCCCUGGCUCCGCAACUGGUAUUCAGUAUUACCUCAGUCCUAACUUCGAAGCUAUUUCUCAACCUCAGGUUUGGGUAGAUGCAGCAACACAAGUUUUCUUCUCUUUGGGACCUGGUUUCGGAGUGCUGUUGGCUUAUGCAUCGUACAAUAAGUACCAUAACAACGUGUACAAGGACGCCAUACUGACAAGCGUGAUCAACUCAGCAACAUCGUUCAUAGCCGGCUUCGUGAUCUUCAGUGUACUAGGGUACAUGGCCCAUGCUUCAGGCAGAGAUGUGCAGGAUGUGGCCACCGAAGGACCAGGACUUGUGUUCGUGGUCUACCCGGCAGCUAUUGCAACCAUGCCUGGAUCCACCUUCUGGGCUCUAAUCUUCUUCAUGAUGCUUCUCACCCUUGGUUUGGAUAGCUCUUUCGGCGGCUCCGAGGCAAUAAUAACAGCACUGAGUGACGAGUUCCCUCCAAUCGGUCGUCAUCGUGAGAUCUUCGUGGCGUGUCUCUUCACUCUUUACUUCUUCGUGGGCCUCGCUUCCUGCACCAAGGGCGGCUUCUACUUCUUCCAACUGCUUGACAGAUACGCUGCUGGAUACUCCAUCUUAGUUGCUGUGUUCUUCGAAGCUAUUGCUGUGUCUUGGAUUUAUGGUACGGAGCGUUUUUGCGAGGAUAUUCGCGAUAUGAUCGGCUUCCGUCCCGGUCUAUAUUGGCGCGUCUGCUGGCGUUUUGCCGCCCCGGCCUUCCUUCUCUUUAUCACUGCUUACGGACUUCUGGACUAUGAACCGCUGAGAUACGAGGAUUACGUGUACCCUGGAUGGGCUAAUGCACUUGGGUGGGCCAUAGCUGGCUCAAGUGUCAUGUGCAUUCCAACUGUUGCGAUCUACAAACUGAUUACUGCGAAAGGAACUUUUGUUGAGCGUUUGCGUCUCCUGACGACUCCGUAUGCUGACACAGAAGGCAACGGCACGGUCCAUAAUGGGGUCGUGGUAUCAGAGAGUGGUGGCGUGAGACUGGCCUCAGCCGUGGUGACUCCGACCUCCCCCCCUCCGACCACUCCCCCCGCCGCACCGCCACCCGCGCUCGUCUGA